AUGCUAGCUGCUACCCCUGAGGACAGAUCUGGAGGAGAUGAUACAAACUGCAGCAGUAAAUUGACAGCUGGUUUUAAGGACUCACACUUGCCUGGGCGUGAUACUGGUAGUGAAGACAACGUGACAAAUUAUACUGGCAUUGAGCCAUGUUUGAGCACAAAAAGGGACAAAGGUGAAAAGGGCGAACGGGGGCCCCAAGGGAAACAUGGCAAGGAAGGCCCGAUAGGAAUACAAGGUCCAAUGGGGCUUAAAGGAGACCGGGGUCAGGCAGGAAUACCUGGCGAUUCAUACAAGCAACACUACUCAGCCUUCUCUGUAGGCCGCAAGAAAGGACUACACAGCAGCGAUUACUAUCAAACCCUGGUCUUUGACACGACCUUUGUGAACCUCCACGGUCAUUUCAACAUGUUCAAGGGCAAGUUCUACUGCUACAUCCCCGGAAUUUACUACUUCAACCUCAACAUCCACACGUGGAACUUUAAGGAGACCUACCUCCACAUCAUGAAGAAUGACCAGGACAUGGUCAUCUGCUAUGCACAGCCCAGUGACCGCAGCAUCAUGCAGAGCCAGAGCAUCAUGCUGGAGUUGCAGGAGAACGAUGAAGUUUGGGUGCGCCUUUACAAGCGGGAGCGGGAAAACGCUGUCUACAGCGACGAUGUCGACAUUUAUGUCACCUUCAAUGGUUAUUUGAUAAAACCCAACCUGGACUGAGAUACCUCUUCAUUUCUUCCUUUCUCUCUCUCUCUUCUCUGUGGAGAAAUAUUGUCCAUUACUUGAUAGAACCCAACAUGGACUAA